AUGGAGCGACGCUGUGUGUGUGAAAUCUGCAACUGCGGACGCCACCGUUGCACACAACAGCCCACAGCACUCUACACAGAAGGCUGCCAGGAUUGUGUAGUGACUGAGUACACUGAGAAAUACCCAGGCUACAAAAGUUACCAGCCACGCAAGAGCCUUAAACCCAAACAGGAGGAAAGGAGAAACCGUGAUCGAAUGGAUGGGACCACUACCUUUAGGUCUGAUUUUGUUGCUUAUGAAGUGAGCCCGCGCCCUGGGAAAAAAAGAGCUGAAUACCAACCUAGUCAAGGUGUGAUUGACUUGGCCACUACGUACAACCAGGAGUUUGGCCCUUACGAAAUAGAGCGUGCUUUACCACUGCGGCCAAAGGAGAGAAUGCAAGGUGCUUCUGGAAAGGUGGACACAGUACCAACCUAUAAAGAAGAUUUCCCUGGGUGGGAAAUUACCAGACGAGAGCUCACCAGACCCAAGGUGUCUUACCAUCCCCCAACUGAGAAGUUUGGAAAUGCCACAACAUUCCAGGAUGAUUUCAUUCCACGAGGUCUUGUACCACGCGAGAGCUUCAAACCUUCUUACGUACCCAAGCAGUCUAAUGUUCCUUUUGAUGGAGUGACCAGUAACCGGAUGGAUUAUAUACCUCACCCAGUGGAUGUGCAUUUAGUCAAAGCACCUCAUGAGUACAAACCCAGUGACGAGCCUAUGGAAGGCCUCACUACACACCGGCACGACUUCCAGGGCCUGCCAGUUCAAAUGGCCAAGAGCUGCAAACCUAAAUACACUGCGGUAUCCAGUGGUGCAACCUUCCAGAGCAGCACUGAGUUCCGAGAUCGUUUUCAACCAUGGGCUGUAUCUCCACUACGGGUGCAGAACAAGUCAGAGUAUAGGAGUCCCACAGAGGAAAUGGAUCUUAACACAACAACAGGGACAACCUUUGUCAAACACAAUGUCCAGCCGUUCGUCCCCAGUAGGCCUCUGUCGAGGCCAGUUUGUUCCUCUGUUCCUUUUCAAGGCAACACCACUAUGAAGGAGGAAUUUAAAGCCUGGAAAGCCCAGCGGCAAGACAUUAUUCGCAAACCCCAGGAAAUCCACAGAAACAGUGGGAAGAUGGAGGACAUGAGCACUUUUAGGGCCCACUUCGUCCAGCACCAACUGCAGCCCAAUAUCAGUUGCAAGCCGCUUGCUGCCCCACUGCGGAGCGAAGAACCUUUGGAUGAUGAAACAAUGUACCGCACUGAGUUCACACCCAAAAAGAUCAGCGUGUGUCCAGCUAGCUAUGAGCCAAUACCGGGCUUUGUCUUUGAGAAGGUUGAUGACAGAGGUCACAGGUUCUUCCGUAAAAUAAGCUCCCAGGACCAGAUGGUGCUGACAGAGAAGAAUGAUGCAGGCAUGGCAUAGGCGUGGACGUAAAGACAUUAAUUAAAGAUAUAAGCAAUACAAGACAAAAACAGCCGAAAUCAACAGCAGACUCAGAUCAGGUGCAAGACAAAGACAUACCCCUGACCUGGGCUCAUAUUUACUAAGCAUCUCAGAUUAG